AUGGACGAUGUGAAAAGGGCACUGGAGCAAGGUCUAGAUCCUAACGUCCAAUGGAAAGAACUCGAGAUUGACCGCCCACGUCCUACUGGGGGUUGCGUGCUUAUUAGUUCUGAUCCUUAUCGUUCUUGGGCAAAUUAUAACACGCCGCUCCAUAAAUCUUUGUGGUAUCGACAUUACGAUGCGGCAGCUCUCUUGCUGGAGAGCGGUGCUCGGAUCAAUCUAUACAACGCACUCGGGAGAACACCGCUACACGAAGCUCUGCUACACGAAGCUAUGCCACAUGAAACUCCUAACCAAUGCUUCGAUUAUACUUCUUCCCGUUAUAAAAAAGUUAAUUUUCUUAUUGAAAAUGGUACAAAUACCAAUGCAGAAAGCGAAGAGAGGUCCUGUGACGACCAGUAUACACAUCGCUCAGGGGCUGCUAGAAUCGUACCCUAG